AUAGAUACGUCUUCGUUGAGCUAAAAUGAAUAAAAACGUUAAAAUAAUUGGUGUCGUGUUAUCUGGCUGGUUGAGUUGUAAACACCGGGGUGCACGUCACUGCUGCACAGGACCGCCGUGAGCAGCGGGGUUUGCAACUGUUUUGUGCUCCGUGUUUCAGCAAUGUGACGUGCAAGAAUGACGGGUAAAAGUCAGCAAAGUGGUUACCAGCCAGCCACAGGGGUUCAGUCAGCUAAUGGAGGACGUGCCUAUGUUUUUGCAAACAACCUAAAUUUGGAAAAUGAUUUUUCUGAAGAUGAUGGGGAUUGCUACGAGCUGCGAUCAAGAGGAAAAGAAAAAGCUUGCAGAAGCACAUCCAGAGACAGGUCAAAUGACAUUGUGUAUUUAGUGAGAGACAUUAAGGAGGGAGACACCAUGAAUGCCAUUGCUCUUCAGUAUUUCUGCUCGGUUGCAGAUAUCAAGCGGGCCAACAAUCUUCUUAAUGAACAGGACUUUUUUGCCCUGAGAUCUAUAAAAAUCCCUGUGAAAAAGUUCAGUGUCUUGACAGAGACCCACAGCCCCUCCGUGCUGAAGCAGCUCACACCAGCUGAUGGCAGCACCCCAGAAACAAAAGAAGCCGAAGCUGCCUUAGGCUCUUCUUCAUCGACAGAGAGCGUGGGAAACUACCUACAGGAGGUGGACAAGGACAUUGAGCAGCUUGUGAAGUCCAGUGACUCCUCCAGAGGAAGCUUGAACGAGGUGGUCUCCUUCUUUUCAUCACCGCGGCAGCUUGGGGUAGCUGAACGCAGAGUGUCUGUCCGCAAAGAUCCUUACUAUGGGGCAGAUUGGGGUAUGAGGUGGUGGAUGGCUGUGGCAAUCAUGCUUGUUGUUGGGAUUAUUACUCCUGUGUUUUACCUUCUUUACUAUGAAGUUUUGAUGAAAGCGGACAUCAGCCAUCAUUUGACCUCCGAGUCGCUUGGUUCAGUUUCCAUGAUCCCCACACAGCACCCGGAACUGUUGAACAUAAAAUCGGGGGAAGCAGUACCUGGGGAGGUUCAUGAACAUUUCAACCUGAAUAAUCCUGUUCCUUCUCUACACAGGGAUGACACGUAGUCAGUGCUUGAAAACAAUCUCCAUAAACAAUUCUCUUGGACCAAGUCCAGUAAUGGUAGCCUUUGUUUCUUUGUAAAGGUGCAAUCUUAAACAUAAUGGACAGCAGAAAACAUUACUAUUAAAAAAAAAAAAAAAAACUUUCAAUGUAUAAAGUAUGUACUUUACACAGAGAGAUUAUUGUGGGCACACCUGUGUUUUACUUUUUUUAAAACAGCUGUUUGUAUAUGUACUGUAGUUGAGACUUCUCCGACGCUUCCACUAUGCUAUGCUCAGGAAUAUACCAGUACUAAACUAUUCAGGGCAUUAACUUAACUAUCAAUGAACAGGAUACUUCAUAACUUAAGUUUACUUCUUGCAAUCUGCAACAUUAAUAUACAUUGCUUUGCAGAACCCAACCAUAUUGUAGUGCAAGCAAACGUAUAUACUGUAUUCCUUUGACUUUUAAGAUGCACUUUUUGAACAAUUUUUUGCAUCUCAAAAAUAUCCUGAGUCUUAA